AUGUCGCUGAUCUUCCACAAAAAACCGAUAGGAUACAGCGCAAAAACUCUUAGCACUCUACUAGACAAGUACAGCCCAUACGCAGAGGAAACAAACUCUGAAGGCGAUGACCGCACACAGUACGAAGAGUACACCACCGCAGUGAACCUAAUAGCUGACGGAAUAAAAAUAAUAAAAUCUAGCAGAGAUUCCCUGCAGUCUCUCGUCGACAAAUUAGAAAAAGAAUUCGACGAAGCAAAAUCCAGAGGUAAUAAAAAAGACUUCAUAAAUGAUAUAGAAGACAUUGAUUCAGAGUGCAAAUUCACGGAAAAAAUAGCUCGUGCCAACGAAAUAAUCUACGUGUUGGAAGCACGACUAACAGAAAGCAGAAAUAAACUGCCAAAACUUGCUCAAAAGCUGGGAAUAAACCCGAGAAAGAGCGAAGUAGCACAGCGCAAUGGCGCGAAAAAGGACGACACAAAUAAUGCGUCCACAGAAGAACCCGAAAUCGACGGGGACUAA